AUGGGGGCGGGCCCGCGGGAGCUUUGAAACGGCGGCAGCGCGCUGGGGCGGCGGAGCUGCCAUGGCCACCAAGCGCCUGGCCAGGCGGCUGGGGCUGGCGCGGAGCAGCGCACGGACGCGGAGCGGGGCGCGGGCGGGCGCGGGGCAGCGCUUCGCCUUCCUGAUCGUCCUGGACUUCGAGGCCACGUGCUGGGGAGACCGCGACCGGCGCGGGCCCGAGAUCAUUGAAUUUCCAGCAGUCCUGUUAAACACCUCAACAGGAGCCAUUGAAUCUGAAUUCCACAUGUAUGUGCAGCCCCAGGAGCAUCCUAUUCUCUCUGAAUUCUGUAAAGAACUAACUGGCAUAACACAGAAUCAAGUGGACCAAGGGGUGCCUCUCAACAUUUGCUUAUCACAGUUUAUGAAAUGGAUUCAGAAGAUACAGAAGGAGAAGAAAAUUAUGUUCAGUACAGAUAGUCAGAGUAAUUCUACUUCAGAAGCAAAAGCGUGUACCUUUGUAACAUGGACAGACUGGGACCUGGGUGUGUGUUUGCACUACGAGUGCAGGAGGAAGCAGCUGCGCAAACCCGACAUUCUGAAUUCCUGGAUUGAUCUCAAAGCGACCUACAGGGCCUUCUAUAACAGAAAGCCUAAGGGGCUCAAUGGGGCUUUGCAGGAUUUGGGGAUAGCUUUUGAAGGACGGGAACAUUCUGGGUUGGAUGAUUCCCGGAACACUGCUCGUCUUGCUUGGAGGCUGAUUUGUGAUGGAUGUGUGCUCAAAGUUACUAAAUCUUUGGAUAAGGCACAUCAGAAGAGUAAUUUAAUUUCCAGAACACUGACUGUAAAUGUCACUGACAAGACUCCACUGGGAAGUAAGAGCAGAUCUGAAACAUCUAGAGAUGUUGAAACAAAACCUCUGGCUGAGAACAAACACAAGGGUAUUGCUGGAAACAAGAUAAAUUCUAAUCUCCAGGCUGGGGAGCAGCAGAUCCCUUGCACUGAUCCCUCUGCAGAUGUCUGUGUUGUAGCCAGCAGCAGCUCAAGGACUGAAUUCCAUGCUCGAUGCCAAAGCUCUUCAGCAGCAUCUCCUGACAGGUUUCCUGUUCCCCUGGGUGUGGCACAGCCAUGUCCCAGCCCUGCACCAGCAGGCAUCCAGCAGGGACUGAGCACUGGGCAGCCUCUGAGGACAGCCAGGCCCAGCCUCCCAGCACAGGGCUCAGGGCUGGUGCUGGUCUCCACCACCAUCCCCUCAGUCACUGUCUCCACUGGGGACAUCAGCACCAGCUCUGAGUGCCUGUCUCUGCUGACAGACUGGGAAGAUGUUGCUUUGAUACCAGAAUCUCAAUAUGAACAAAAUCCAGACUCUGUUCAGCUCGAGGAUGACUCAAGUACAAACAGUCUAAUAACCGUGUCUGAAGAAGAAACUAUUUCAAAACAAUUGGCUGUGACAAGUUCAGAUAAUCAGAGUUUGGAGGAAAGUGUGGCACCCAUGGAACCCCGGAGGUCUGUUGUUUACAAAAGUCCUGAUACUACAAUCUAUAAUAUAGGGACAGUUCAAAGGCAGACUUCAAAAUUUUCAGCUUUCAAGUUACCAUCUGCAAAGGGAAAUGCUGUUCCAGCACAAUCAGCAUUAACUGGAAAUUACUCUACUCCGUUAGAGGCUCCUAAAAGAAAGCCAACUAGUCCAAGAACAUGCCCACCAGCAAAAAAGCAGUCUUUUCAUAUAUAUCAAGAGAACACUUCCUCUUUUGAUCACUCCUUACCUUUGAGAAGUUCAAACUUGCCCAGAGUAUUUCCUGCAGUUCUGAACUCCACAGUAAAUCUGAAUGAGCCUGUGAGAGCUGUGAGAAAUGGAAAAUCAACUCCCCCUCUGUGUAACUGUGGCCGAAGAGCCAAAAAACUCUCUGUGUCAAAUGCUGGCCCAAAUCAUGGCAGAGCAUUUUAUUGUUGUCCUGUUGGCAAGCAAGGAGGAAAUAAGAAAAGUUGUGGAUACUUCAAGUGGGAAUAUGCGCUUCUGAAAGAGAAAUCUAGUGGUCUCACCUUUAAUGCAGAUGCUGUGACCUCUCUUGGAACUGUUCCUAGUAAUUCAGAGAACUCUUCCAACAAAAAAUAUUGGUGUCUUAGACCCUCUAUGAGAACUUGA